UUCCUGGAAAGGGCUUCUCAUAAUCAUUCCCGGAACGACUUUCGGCUCUUGUGCAUUAGCUUACAACAUUGUAACACGACAAGUAUUCGGGGUGUGUAAUACGUUGUCUGAAGAGACCUUGAACGACUUGGUACGACAUCUCGAAGACUUGCAAGGCUGUGCUUUGCACCCCUUAUAGUGCCAGUCAUUUUGAUAUCCUAUGCGGUUCAUGACAUGACAGGUCGCAAUAAGUCGUAUUAUGCUAAAUUUGUGGGCUUAUCUUACGGCAUGGGCUGUACCAAGUCUUUCAGGCCUGAAGCCCGUUCCUGGUAUGGGCUUGCACCGAGGAACAUGCCCCAACAACUAACAGAACUUCUGCGCGACAUCGCUCAUGAGUUCUAUGGGGCCUCGUCGGUGGCCCAAAUCCUCGAUCACCUCCAGUGCCUGCUCAAAGCUCUGCCCAACGACUAUUGCUGCGCCAAUGGUAUUGAGGUGCAGGAGCAAGUAUUAUUGAUGCAGCAGUCUGUGUUGAACAUAAAGCAUUUCAACAACUUCUUAAGAGAUGGCGUGCAGUCUUUAGUACAAUUGGUCUACGCGGUGUCCCAGCAAAGCGACAACGAGAUCAAUCACCGCUACGGAGCUGACAUGAGACUGAUUACGGCCAUCACUCUCAUCUUCCUGCCAGGUACCUUCGUUGCGACCUUCUUCAGCUCCUCGUUCUGGGACUUUGCCCCUGGCAAUACAGGCUCGAAGGUUUCUGGUUGGGUGUGGCUGUAUUGGGUUGUGACGAUUGUGCUCACGCUGACAGUUCUGUUUGUUUGGAGAUGGUUCACCGCGAUUAGGCGGCUCUGGGAAAAUGGUGUGCUGAAGAAGUUGAGACGAGAGAAGAAGCAUGAAGAUGAAGAGGUUGGAAAGAAGAGUGCUUGACUGGGUGGUGAGAGGGGUAGGACUGCGGCAUGGUUACUAAGAGAUACGUUGAAGAUUCCGAAGAGAAGGGUCGUUUAGAAGUAUAUCUUAAGUUAGUGCGCACUCAUUCUUCGAAUUUAAUCGUCCUGGGGAAGAUAUUCUAUGCAGCUCCGAGUUACUAAGGGUUCAGCGGUAUCUAGAGCUGCAUGGGGUAGAUCAUUGAAAUUGACAAGCUAGGACAGACCAAGCUACGCACCACAUGUCAUGGAAAGCUUG